AUGUGCGAACCGUGGUGUCGGCGCGGCGUUUAGCGAAUUCGCGAUAAGUGACCAUGUUGUCGCCGUGGCCGCGGGGUUUCUCGAGUAACGCGUUGUGAAGCUCGUGCCGAUGUAGAAUGUCAGACGCGAAACGUCCGCCCCUGCAGAGCCUGGACUUCUCGGAUCCCCUGGGCCACGUCACGAAAAAGGGAGAAAAGGGCAAGCAGCUCGCGCCCUCCUUCCGCUUCGAGCUCACCCUGCCUGAGUCGAACGAGAAGACAUGCCCGGAGUUCAACUACGCUCAGCUACUCAAGGCGGCCGAGAAGAAACGAAGAAAAGAACAGAAGAGGGGAGAAGAAAAUACUACCAAUGGGCUGGAUCCAUUCGAUGAUGACGAAGACGAGGAGAAGCUUAGGGAAGUGGCGCGGAGAUUUGAAGCCAAAUAUGGAACAGCUGCAGGUGGGAGGAGUCGACAUUGUAAGGCCAACGAUGGUAUCGAUCUGGGAGCUGGAUACGAUGAGAAUGACUCGUUCAUCGAUAAUACCGACGCCUAUGACGAGAUCGUGCCGAAAGAGGUGACCACGGCGCACGGGGGCUUCUACAUAAAUUGCGGAGCUCUCGAGUACAAAAUAACCGAAGGGCACUCGCUGGUCCACAACAACAAUAACAACAAUAACAACAACAACGAUGACGAGAGCAGCGAGAGCAGUGGCGAGGAGGACGACGCCGACAGCACAAAGCGUAUGGAGAAACGUUCUCUCAGCUACUCGGAUGACGACGACACCGAGGACAUCUCCGGCGAGGCGCCACGAAAAAAGCCGAAGCUCGAGGACAACCCGGAAAAAAAGACCAACCAUGAGGCUACAAUGAAGAAAAAGAAGAAAUCCCACCAUCAUAACCACGAGCUGCCGCAGCAGGAUUUUGAUGGUCUGAAUAGAAGAAAGAACACGGUUAUGCGCGACCCUUUGAAGGAAAAGCGCGAGACCGACGGAGACGCAGAGGAGCAGGACGAAAAACGGAGCAUCGAGAAGCCGGAUCUACAAAGAGUCAAGUCGAUCCCCGAGAAGAAGUUCGAUGGUAAGAAGUUCGAGAAGAAGGCGUCGAGUAACGGGCUGGACUGGAAGAAGGUGGAUUCAAAGAAGUUCGGGGAGAUGGACAGCAACAUCGACGACGCCAUUGAGAGUGUCGUCAACGCCGCGAGGGUUGAGGAUGAGUCGAGCCGGGACACUCUGGAUUCUGGAAAGUCUCGAGGCAUUCCGGGGAGCGAGUCUGAGUGCGACGACCUCGACAAGGAGGAAUCCCCAUUGCCCGAGUGCCUCCCCGAGGACAUCAAGGAAAUCGUGAAUGCGCUCAAGGUUCAGGCAGAGACCAGCAAGGAAGGGAAAAGCAAAUUUUUCACCUCUGCCAUUAACAAUGCACUCUUUGGGUUAGAGAAGAAAUUGCGAUCCCUCAACAUGCCGAGUGUGAAAUCGCAGACGUACGACCACUUAGCGCACUUCUUGCCCUGCAGCAAGAUCACUCUGGUGAACCGAGCGAAGAAGCUUUUUCAACAGGACGUCGACGGCAAAGUAAAGGAUCCUAUACAAAGGUUAAAGGCCAUCGUUGACAGUGUCAUGCCGUCCGUCAUGGAUAAGUACACCAAGGAGUGCCAGAGGGUCACCGAGGAGAAGGGCUUGGAGGGCUCGCCAACGGACGUUGAUAGCAGCGAUGGAGAUGAAAGCGGGAACAGAACUUCCGACAAAAGUAAAAUCCCUCGGAGACGGUUUCCCUGGACCGAAGAGACGAAAAAAUUAGUGUAUGAAAUUGCGCAUGCUAGGCGGCAGUACUUCGAGGUUUUGAAGCCGAGAAAAGAAAGCAUGGAAACGUUUGUGGCUGCCUUUAUGGAGAAGAAAGUACUGCCCCUGUGGCCACUGGGUUGGGUGCAGCUGCAAACCUUGAUAAAGUAUUCAAAUGCUGAGCCCAUAGCGAAGAAAAAGUCGAAGAGGCCCAAGGAGAUUCCGGCGUCCAACUCGAGUAACGCGAAUGCCACUGGGAACGCAGGAUACACGUCCAACGUAAGACUGGACCCGCCCAAUUCGAGCAACAGUGCAGCACCCACCCAGGAAAGGGAAAAAACUCCGACAAGCCUGUUCAAGACCAUGAGCUCGUCCGAGAACCCUCUGAAUUUUGUGAUAACGUCACAAGCAGCGACGUCAAACGAUCACGGUUCCGAGAGGAAGCACAGCAGUAAGCACAAGGAUAGGAGCCGGGAAAGUCCUAUGACGAGCAGUGGCCAGUACGAGAACGCGAAUGUCGGUUCCAGCAGUCAGCCUCUCGCCAAAAUAUCCGUCGUGCCUACGUCCCAGCUGAUGGCCCAGAAAAGUAAAGCCCUGCCCGACAAGUUUAACCCGAUGGACCUGACCAGCAGCUCGUUGUCGAUCACCCCGGUGAACGAUUACCAGAAAUCUACGAAGACCUCCGAGGCGAAGAAGGACGUGGUCUCGAUAACGGCUUACUCGGAGUCGUCGACAAAUCACUCAUCCGGCGUGAACGACGUGACGAUAUCCCAAACGGGUCACCAUUCCUCCAGACAGCAAGAGUCCUUUCCCAGCGGUCAGCUACAGCAUUCGAGCAGCUACUCGGUGCCUAACCGGACCUCCGUCUGCAAGCCCGUGCCCCUGAAGCACAGAAUCCUCCAGGAGACCAUGGACCCGAAGACGGAGAGGCGAACGGAGGAGAAGGAGUACGAUUCCCACAAGACUGAGAAGAGGGACAAGAGGAGAGAUCGGUACCCAGACGGCAAGCAUAAGUCGCACGAUAGCAAAAAGAGGAAAAAGGACCUCAAGCUCGACUCCGUCCAAGUUCAGAUGAUCCCCGUUAAACAGGACGUCCCGGUGGCUGCACAGCCUCCGCUCUCGAAAGAGGAGCAGGAGCAGAGGCAGAUCGAGGAGACCAUGGCCGCCACCAAUUUCCUUAGCCAGAUCAUCAACGAUGACCAUAAUCCCAGCAGGCCUGUUUCCGAAAAGAGGAAGGAACCGAGCUUGAUGGAGGAUGCCGGUGGUGCCGUCAUUCAAACCACCGAGCAAGAGAACGACGUGCAGAUGGUGAUGCGGUCCUUGAAGGAACUUCAGGAGCUCCAGGAGCUCCAAGAGAUGAAGUACUCGCCAAGCCACUCGCCCGUGGGCGUUGGUCAGAAACCUAACAAGUCGAAUGUUCACUACGUCGGUUAUCAGGAGGACUAUCAGCGACUUUAUCAUAAAAAGGACGAUAAACUCAGAUUGCCUAAGAAGGAGGACGCGCAAUGGUAGGCAACGGUGUGGCUUCGGGUUCAUCCGAAGAGACCGAUUGUUUGGUCAAGAAUUAAGGCUGAUUCAGACAUAUCUAUACCGUGCAUUAGAUUUAUAUCGGAGUAUUCAUACAUUUCCGUAUCCGUCCGUUCGUGUUAGUCAGUGAGCCGCAGUGAUCCGAACCGAUAUGUAUCCUUGAACGGAUGGUACCGACACUGUGACGAAAGUCCUUUCUUGGACUCGGUUCUGUUCAAAAUAUCGUUUGUUUUUAAUUUCAAAUUGUACUCUUUUUAUAGUAAUGGUGCAUGAAAAAAACCGCAAAGACCCUCGAAAGUAUUGAUAGGACUUAGUUUCAUCACUUAAUUGUUCUUUAUAUAACGUUGCGAAUUCGCCCCCGAUCUUUCACUUUUUCUUUUUUCUAAUUUCAUGUAUCCUGCUUGCUUUCUUUUUUGUAUAAAAUACUUUCUCUGUCUAGAAUUUGUGCAAUCACUGCGGGUUCCUCGACUGAAAAAUUCGUUCUCAUUAAUGUCUCGAUGGUUCAUGGCACUGAACGGAGAUCACGGCAUGGGUGAAUACUUUUUACGGACAUGCACGAAUACGGCACGGAUCCGUCACGGACACGGUACGGUUGUGUCUGAAUUGGCCUUUAUGGAUCCCUAAUUCCCGGGACCCGAGUCGUCAAGGUGGCCGCAAAAGAAAUCCUCGUUGCCUUCGUCCGAAGGAAAGGAUCUUCCGUUCGUUCGUAUCGUCUUCGGGGAUGGGACAGUUUAACUGAUAUCACUUUCGUGAGGGUCCAUUAAAAUGCAAUUGAACGCGCCUUCAGCUAGAAAAUUACAAACUGAUUGGACUAAGGCAUGAUCCUUAUCAUUUUUCUUGAGAUCUCACGGAACAUAAAUUAUUUAUUCCGUUCGGUCUCUUGCGUUCUAUCCCAUCUCUGAACAUCGUCAGGGAUGUUCCUUAUAGUGCGUAUGACGUGUACACGCCAAGUGACAAAACUUGUAUACACUGUGACGUUUGAUAAUGUGGCUACUGGCAACUAUCGAUAAGGUGAAACGACACGUCUUCGAUGAUAGAACUCCGCACGUGGAACCGAUGGCAGAACUCAGACUAGACUAGGUCAGGAAACUAGACAUCGCAGUGAAACAACGGAAGUCUUGUCGGCAUCUUGGCGAAGGCCCAGUAUAAAAAAACAAUCUAGCGCGCACCUUCUCGAGUCGUGCUCGAAAGCUGAUCUUGAUUCUCUCCGAGCUCUUCCGUUCUAACGUUCGAGUUGGUACUCUUGCAAUCCUCGCGUCGACCAAUAAGCGCCCAUUGUACGUAUCUUGUAAUGACGUCAUACACCAUUCAUUGGUCGGCACGAAGCGCGCGUGUAUGGUACCAACUCCUCUCCGCGAGAACUUCUCAAGAGGAGAGUCAAAAGUCGAUAUCCUUUCGUAGCAGGGCGCGCAUCUUUGUCACCAUAUAAAGUGUCUAAGUAUUUUAAAGCCGCCAAAAUAUGUACAUAUACAUCUAUAUCUGUUUACUGUAGUAUUCUUCGUGCGUGUACAGUAAGAUAUAAAUUAUGAGAAUAUGAGAUAUAUGUGUUUAUAGAUAUAUCAGUAUAUAUCUAUAGGCACGUAUGGUCGAAUUUGAGUUAAGGAUUGUAAAUAAAUUUCACGUGCUCGAUCGACGGCGUGGAGGGUGGUCCGACAAGAUCAUUCGCGGCGAGAAGACGUUUCGAUUUUACAUUGCGAUAGAUUGGGACCAUUGGGUCGAUCGUCGCUUUUAAUGCGGUUAGACGUUUCCAAGAGAGAGAGAGAGGAAAAAAAAUUGAUUUACAUUUUAAACGACAGAGGGUUACGAGUAGGUCCUUCUCCUUUUCCUAUUAAGGUGAAGUGAAACACCCUUCAAAUCAGUCGAUUCGAAUACAACACUUUUUUUUAAGGGUAUUUGACCAAAUUG